CCAUGGCGUCGAUACAAUCAUGACGAAAGAACUACCAUAUGUCUCAUCAGUGGUGAUGCUGGACAACUUUUGGUUGACUGGCAGCUCGUCUACCGGCACGCCACUCUCGUCCAACCUGCUUGUAGAUUUUUAACCUAUUCCCUGAAGCGCGUCACAGGAAAUAACAUGGGUGACAAAAAGCUGGUGAAAAUCUUCAAUAUCUGCCUCGCGGCCCAAAGUUGGAAAUUUUGUCUAAAUUCACGAUCCUGUCAACAUCCAGGUCUUCGAAGGACCUCUAUGCGAGCGCCUCAAAAGCCUGUAGGCAUUGCAAUGUCUUGGAGUUGUUGCGGAUCGACUAGAGGCGUAGUGAACAAAUGA